AUGUUAUCAAUUAUCCGUCCUUGCAUAGGUAAUAAUAUACUUUUCUUUGACGAUAAUCUUUUUAUAAUUCAUUUUACAAAUACUGAAACUAUUGGUGCAUCUACUCCUAUCCAAGAUGUAAUGAACGAAAUAAUGAUAUGCAAUAUUAUAUAUAUUUUAGGUAGUAAUAUACUCUUCUUUGACGGCAAUCUCUGUAUAGUGUGUUUAAUUUUACACCUUAGAAUUACUGAAACUUUUAUUGCAUCUACACCUCUUCAAGAUGUAAUUAAUAUUAAUUUUAAUUGUUUAAAAGAAAUAUUUAAAAAUUGUACUAAUUUGAUAUAA